UUCUGUCUCUCUGACGCUCGCGGACAGUCCUGAAAGCAGCGCUGACAGCUCGCAGCUCACGCGGGUGAAGGGGAGGAGGAGGAGGAGGGUGGGGGGUUUCAGAUCAAGAUAUCGGAUCUUCUCAGGAGGACGCGCGCGGCCCUUCACGCGCUGUUACCUGCGCUAAGUUGCCGCGACGGCGGACUGUCUCGCCACUAGCUAGAAGUUACUGGAGUCUUCACAGAAACUCGGGAGUUAUUUUUGGCAUUAUUGAGCGAGUUUAACACAGAGGAUACUUGCUAUAAACGGGGGCGAGGAAGACUUCUGAAAAAAUGCUGAUUGGUUGGUGGCUAUUACUGGGCGGUCACUAGGUCGCAGCUGUCUGUCAAGGCUAACAUGGAGCGAGAGGGCUCGUUUAGGAGGAGCCUCCACAGCAAACUGAAGUUGGCCAGCGGCUCGUCCUCCAGUCUCACUGACCUCUCGCAGGCCAAAACCCCGGCAGGGGGAGGCGGGGAAAGAGGAGGAACGGCUGGGGGGCUGACAGAGGAGUGCAACAAGGACAAAGGGACCCAGCAGAGGAGGGCCGGGGCCAAUGCCACCUGGAACAGCAUCCACAAUGCAGUGAUCUCAGUUUUCCAGAGGAAGGAUCUGGGAGAAAAUGAACUCUACACUCUGAAUGAAGGUGUCAGGCAGCUUUUGAAGACGGAACUGGGCUCCUUCUUUACUGAGUACCUUCAGAACCAGCUUCUCACUAAAGGCAUGGUCAUACUGAGAGACAAGAUCCGCUUCUAUGAAGGUCAGAAGUUGUUGGACUCUCUGGCCGACACAUGGGACUUCUUCUUCUGUGAUGUUCUGUCCAUGUUGCAGGCCAUCUUCUAUCCUGUACAGGGAAAGGAGCCAUCGGUGCGUCAGUUGGCUCUGCUCCACUUCAGGAACAUCAUCACCCUAAACCUGAAACUGGACGAGGCGCUCUCUCGACCCCGGGCCAGAGUUCCUCCUUCUAUCAUACAGAUGCUGCUAAUACUACAGGGUGUCCAUGAAUCUAAAGGUGUAACAGAUGACUACCUGCGCCUGGAGUCUCUCAUCCAGAAGGUGGUCUCUCCCUACCUCGGGACUCAUGGCUUAUAUUCCAGAGAUGGAUCAUCCAAUCUGCAUUGCUCCUCCUGCCUAUUAGAAAAGCGUUUGCAGCGCUCCUGGGCCUCCAAACCAGGCAACUCCCCCAUGGCCAAAAAUCCAGUGGUACGGUCCAAGAGCUACAAUGUUCCCAUGCUGACACCUGUGGUAGAAUAUGACACAGACUCCUCUGUAGGAGGUGGCACAGGUAUCAGACGACACUCUGUCUCUGAGAUGACAUCCUGCUUGGAGGAGAGCAGCUCUGUGGUCGAAUCCACCACCAAUGCCAUCAGCAACACCAGCAGAUCGAGCCUCGCCAACCACUCCCCGGCUUCCACAGAAUCUGCUGCACUUUCAGACGCUGUGACCUCCAGCCAGAACUCACAGCCCAGAGUUGCUGACAGUCCUGCGGGUCCCCUGCUUCUCCAGACGCAGCAUCACUCCCCAAGCAUCCUCCCUGAGCCUUCCCCAGGCGAGGACACACAUGGCACAGGAUCCCUGGUGUGGGACUCCCCCUCGUCCUCCAGAGUUCUGGCUCAAGACACGAGCUCUGGUCCUAGUCCGUCGUCCAGUCCAGAGAUCAUGAUGGACCACGUCCUGGAGUCUUUGGACUCUGAGCCGGAGCACGACGGCAUCUUUCUGGACUUCUCAAGACGUUGUUCUGGAGGGUCGACACACAGCAGCAGAGACAGCAGUAGGCAGAGUGUGGCAUGACACACACACACACACACUUAUCUAAGGAGACACACCUGUAUGAUGCAGGGAUGUGUGCAACUGAUGCUGAGCCAUUACUGACAUUCCUCACACCCCGUGAUGCCCCUGCUGUUUUCUGGAGACUCUAGAUCAUCAGGGAUACUUUCAAACUGAAUUAUUUUUCUAUGUAAUGUUGUUGUCUAUCUCUAAGUCUAAACUCAUGAUGACUGGUAAAUAUCUCAGUUUGGUAUAUGCCCCAUUUGGGAACAUCAGCACUGGCCCCUCCAGGAACCUUCAAAAACUAAAAUAGAACUAAUAACAUUACUGUAAAGUUGACGUAGGUUUUAUUGUGUCAUAGGUUUUCAUUGUCAGAGGUGAUUUUUCCCUGUUUUCUCCUAUGAGUGGAAACUUGAGGGGGGGCAAAGAGCCAGUGGUGAUGACAUCCCUGGAGCAGAAAUGAAAAUGUUUUACCAUUGUCAAAUAUCUCUUCAAGAUCAUGGCUAUUGAGUAGCUUUGGAUAUCAAAUUCAAACUUUUAACAUUUCAAAUAUAAAAACAAAAACUUUCUAGUUUGACACUUCUCUACUGUUGGGUGAACCUCAACAUAUUUUAUUAAUUAUUAAAAUAUUAUAUUAAAUAUGAAUUUUGCACUUUGAUUCACACUGACUUUAAGUCUAUGUGUUGUCUUUAUCUUUCUAUAGAGUAUCCUCAGUAUAUUGAGAAAGGCUUCAUGCUGUAUUUAUAAAGCAUUUCAAGAGAAGAAGGGACUGCAAAUGGCCCAGUAUAUCUCAACUGUUUUGCUCUUAGGUCUCCUCUUUACAAAAUCAGUGACAAAUUUCACAUCCAAUCAUUUUCUGCUGCUUUGCUGUUUGAGCAAAUACAUUUUGCCUGUCUCAGUGCGAAACUGAAGUUACCGUAGGCUUAAGCUAAAUUAGAUUUGAAAUAAAGAUUUUUGUUUAAAAAGAGGUUAUAAGCAGAAAUGAUCGUCAUUAGGUUUACAGCUAGUUUCUUCUUUUUUUCAUCAUAAGGUAUAUUCUUAAAGGUAGUUAAUGUCUUUGAAUUUGCUGUUUUCAAACCUUGGGCCUCUUCCUUCCACUUCCUGUUGAAUCAAAAACGUCACUGAAACUUGCCUCUGCGUCAGUGCAUGGAGAAUGUGUGAGUGGGUGAUUCAGUCAGUGUCUCCUGAAUCAAGCAGAUAUUGGGGACUUUUUUGUAAGAAAAUGGUUUCAGUAAAAUCCAUUAGAAGCUGUUGUAUUGACAAAGGCCCUUGUUAUGCCCAGAGGAGAGUAGUUAUUUUAAGGGUGAUUGUAAGGGUGAAGACAGUAUUUUCACAGGAACAUACAGGGCAUUUCCCACUGCUGAUUCUCUUUAGACUUAAGAGUAAAGGUACGUUACCAGUGACUAAAAUGUACACCUGGCUUGUCUAAGCUCUUCUCACAUUAUAAUGGUAUUGUCUUAAAAUAGCAGAAAGCUGUGUGUACAGACUGUCAUAUAACUAGAGUGUGUUCUUCUCAAAUCUGUCUGAAUCAGAACAAACAACCUUUAAUGUUUUUCCAUGGGAGAAAAUCUCAUCCACACCACAAACACUUCUGUUUCUGCAUGAAUGCAGCCAUUAAAGAAAUCUCAUGUGUGCUGUUCUGACAAAUGGUGGACCCUACACAAUACUUCUAAAUGAUAAGAUCAAUAUGGUUUACCUAAUAAUCAAAUCUACUAUUACAUUGUACAGUUGUAACAGACUUUCACUUUUUGAAAAAAUCCUCAGAACACUGAUUAUUACAGUAUUAGCCCUAGUCAACAAUAUAAUUUAGACAUUAUGUUUAAAUACACUGGGAUAUUGGAAUCUAUAAAACUCUUUGAUUUAAGCCAAAAAUAAUGUCCAACACUCAUUUUUUUCUCACUAGUUUUAAAUGCAUGAGAAAACUUUGCAGCCACUGCCACCUUGUGUUGUUCUUGUCUUAGUGCAAAGUCUGUGGUGUUUUCCUACAGCAAACAAAUCUGCUUUACCUGAUGCUUGCUAUUUGCCCCCACUUCCAAGACCAAAUGCAAAACUUGUAGGCUUGAAAAAAUAAGAGUUAAUUCUCAGAUCAAUAGUUCAAGAUCAUAUAUAUCUACCUAAUAGUUUUUUAGGACACAAGUUUGAUUCUUAAGCGAGGCACUAAAUGUUGACAUCGACGACCGAAUGCAAACACCCAAAGACUCAAAGGAAAUAUUGUUAGACAUCAGAUCAAGUAUCGCUGGCUACAGACACCUGCUUGGUAACUCAGAGGACAGAGGUUUGAUUCCUUGAUUCCUUGAUUCCUUUGAUACCAUGCACAGUAAAUUUUGAAGUCCACCAUCCGAUGGAAAAACAUUCAAAGUUUACCUCAAAGUCUGCAGAUCGUGAGUUUGAAUCUUACCAGAAACAGUACAUGUUGAAGGCCAGCACCUAAUGUAAACAGUCAAAGUCAAACAAUCACACUGAGUUGCUCAGGUUAAUAGACGUCUGCUUCAUAGUCUGGAGGCUAGAGGAUUAAGUUUUGAAGUACAAUAUGUAAUGUAAACACUGAAAGGCUAAAAGAAAAACAAAAAUCAUCAGGCUCAGUAGCUCAAGCCAAUGGAUGUCUGGUUUACUUUGUAGACUUGAGGUUGGAGGUUUGAGUCUCAGCAGAAAUAGAAUAUUUUUUGAAGUCUAACACAUAGUAUAAACAUCCAAAGGAUAGAAAACAAAUGAUACACCAUAAUAGACUGAUUUGCUCAAGCCAAUAGGCUUUAGUCUUUUAGUCUGGAAGUCAGUGUUUCAAUUCUUAACAAGGGCAAUACAUUUUUCAACACCCAAUGAAAACAGUGUCAUUCUAGAAGAAUGUUUUAAUGAAACCUGAGUAAAUAGCUCAGGGCCAAUAAACAUCAUCAACAUCAAGGUCCAAAACUCGCAUCUUAGCAAAGUUUGAAGUCUAACACCCAAAGCGAAGCCUCAAAACUGCUCCAAGAAAUACUCCAAAUGCGGUUUGUGGUGCAGCACGAGUGACGUGCGGUGAUUGGCUGCGUCGUGCGUCGUUACCGUCCAGGAAGGAGCCGUGAGAGACAGAGAGACAUUGGAGAGCAGAUUAGAACCAGCGUUUGAGAUAUUGCUUUGGUUUGUCAGUACUGUGAGAAAAAUUAACGAAGAAUCCUGGAUACUUACACAAGCUUUGGUCCUGCUUUUUUGUCGAACACGAGUGAGGCUGGACGUCGAAUACACCUGCGGCGAGAAGGUGUCACCAGUUUGUCCACCACGUAGCUCAGGAUCGCCAAGACGUCGUCCACGAUCCUAGAGACGUGGUCCAUGAUCAGAGAGACCUUGUCAAAGAUGAGAGAGAGACGUUGUCCAUGCUUCGUAGAGACCUUGUGAUAGAAGCGGCGGAGAUGGAGGUCACCGAUUUGACUGCAUUGCCCACAAUCAGGGACAUUGUCGAUGAUCACAGAGACAGGACAGAGGAAUCCAGGAUGGCAAGACAAUAGCAAUUGAAGACCUGAAGUGGAUGAAAGAAAACAAUACUGUUACAAAGGUACAUAAAAAAACCCCACCACCAACUCCUGUAAACACCUUUUGGGAACAUUCAGCGACUUAUGAUAGAAGAAAUUAAUAGUAUCACAACAACGCUUUGUAGACAUGCUCAUAACUUCAUUAACCCUAAUUCUAACCAGUUCUAACAAGUGUUUCCUAGUCAAAUGUCAUUAUGUUUACAGUAAUUUCUUAAAUGUUGUCUGGAAUGAAGUCAUUAAGUGUCUUUCUGUAUUUUGUAACUGAUGUUAUACAAAUCAAUGUAAUGUAUUUUUAAGGUUUUACACUUAUUUUUAAACUUAUUAGUUAGAGUUUUGUACUUUUUAUGGGUUUAAUAUUUACUGUUUAGACAUUUCUUUUGUAAUUCUUGAACCUAUUUUUAAAGUCUGUGUAAGGCAGUUUUAUUAAUGCAUCUGAAUAAAAAUGUGCUAUUAACCACCCACCUAGCUUUGAAUGGUCAAGACAAUCAGCGAAUAUGAAAAAAUAAGGAGCUCUCUCUGCUCUGAGAUGCUGGAGGUGCUGAAACCAUGCCCACUCAGUGCACCACAGUGACAACAUCCUGUUAGCUCCCUGCAAGCGUCCUAUUCCGUACUUGUUUCAGCCACCAGAGCUUUUCAUUUUUGUAUGCAUGUUUCUUAAAACAAAGUAUAAUUAUGUUACACUGAUGAUAAACUCACUUUGUGAUGA